CUCCAGUGAGAGGCGAUUUGGAAAGAGCCGGCUGAACAGAGAAUUUGUUCUGGGACGGAGAAAACGUUGGGAAUCAGGUGGAGAGAUGGAAGGCUGGACCCUUAAAAGUCAGAAAGCCGUGGAGGCAUUGAAGAGACUGUCAGGAAUUGGGGCUAGCUUUGAAGGAGACCUGGCAGCCUGCAGGUGUAAGGAGAGGCUGAGAGCUGGUCAAGGCAUCUCCUCCAAGAAGCAGAUGACCGAGGGCUGUGCAAGUUGCCUUCAUUGCCAGGAUAGAAAGGACAGUGCCUGGGAGUCCUUGAUGGCUUCAGAGGAGCAGCAUUGGCCUGUGCCGAUGAAGGCCAUUGGAGCCCAGAACCUCUUGACGAUGCCUGGGGGAGUGGUCAAGUCUGGAUACCUUCACAAAAAAGGUGGCACCCAGCUGCAGCUGCUAAAAUGGCCAUUGCGGUUUGUGAUUAUCCACAAGAGAUGUAUUUAUUACUUUAAGAGUAGCACAUCAGCAUCUCCCCAGGGGGCCUUCUCCCUGAGUGGCUACAAUAGGGUAAUGCGAGCAGCUGAAGAAACAACAUCAAACAACGUCUUUCCCUUCAAGAUUGUUCAUAUCAGCAAGAAGCACCGAACCUGGUUCUUUUCAGCCUCCUCUGAAGAUGAAAGAAAGAGUUGGAUGGCCCUGCUAAGGAAAGAAAUAGGCCACUACCAUGAGAAGAAAGAGCCGUCGUUAGAUUUCAGUGACUCAAGUUCUGACACAGAUAGCUUCUAUGGCUCUGUGGAACGUCCCAUCGAUAUCAAUUUAUCCCCAUAUCCCACUGACAAUGAAGACUAUGAACAUGAUGAUGACGAUGACUCCUACAUGGAACCAGACAGCCCAGACUCCGUGAAAGUUGAAGAUAUCAUGAUUCACCCACCAACUUAUCCCCCGCCUCCGAUCCCCACUCCAAGAAAACCAGCCUACUCAGAAUCACAGCGGUCACACUCCUUUUCCAGCAAGUGCUCCACACCUGUCCAUCCUCCCCCACCUCCCAAAAGAGGCCUGCCAGAAAUCAAUCCUGAGGACCUGAAAAGAGAAGUGAUCUCUUCUUGGAGGCCAGAGCCUAAUCUGAAAGUGUCCUCUCCCAGCAGGAGACAGAGCGAUCCACCCCUGGGAAAUCUACCUCCUAUCCCCAGCUUCAGAAAACCAGCUUCUCCAGAGGUCGUGUCUGUCAGCCAUCUUGUGAAUACCUCUAAAAGCUGCGACAAGUUAAAAUCUAUCCACCUCUCUCCUCGAGGAUCACUUCAAGGAUCACCUCUGGCUGAGCCCCCUCCAAUCCCAGCCAAUAAACCCAAACUGAUAAAGGUGGGAGAGUUACAGUCUAUAAGAGAAGCUGUCAAACCCGGACUGUUUGUGCCCCCUGUGACACCCAAACCACCAGCCUUGGCACCUAAACAUGCUGUGCCUGGGCCACCAGCCUUGGCACCUAAACACCCUGUACCUGAACUGAAGCCCAGAACUGAAAAACCUUCACUCCCCCAACUACAGAGAUCCCCACCAGAUGGGCAGAGUUUCAGAAGCUUUUCCUUUGAGAAACCUUCACUCUCAACUAAGUUAGAUACCAGCUGCGAGGAUUCAGAUGAAGACUAUGAAAAGGUGCCGCUGCCUACCUCCAUCUUUGUCAACACCACCGAAUCCUACGAAGUGGAAAACUUGUUUAAAGCCACUGAUCCUAGGGGACAGCCACAAGAUGGACUCUACUGUAUUAGAAAUUCCUCAAAGACGGGAAAGGUUUUAGUUGUGUGGGAUGAAGCCUUUAACAAAGUGAGAAACUACCGGAUCUUUGAAAAGGACUCCAGAUUUUACCUUGAAGGAGAGCUUUUGUUUGUGAGCAUCGGAAGCCUGGUUGAGCACUAUUACACCCAUGUCCUGCCUGGGCACAAGAGCCUCCUUCUUCAGCAUCCCUAUGGCUACUCAGGGCCCAGGUGACACCUGCCUGACCUAGUGAUUUGGUGCAAUAAUUGAACCUGGAGACAGAAAGAAGAAAGAAAGACUUGGAUGGUUGGUCUUGACUUCCAUGGGCAGCUGCCCACCCAACCUGGGUCCUUGAUUUCAUCUCUCCUGCAUGUUAUUCUGAACCUGUGUUACAACUCUGUUGUGUGUUCCUCCCAGAGACAGGUGGAUUUGGUUCACUGUCCACCUUUCUUCCAUUGACUCUUCCCACCUCCCCACCCCCAAGAGUGAAUGCAUUCAUCAUAAAUAAGCACAUCCUCAACCCCAUUUACCAAGGAAUUCUUAAAGGACUUCUUCCCUGGUGGCCACACUGGAGAGACAAUAUUGAAAAAGGUCACUAUGGAAAUGGGCAGAGGUACUUUUAUGGAUCAGGGCACAGGAUACUGUGUCUCAAAGAGUUGCUGAGUCAGCUUGAGAAGUCUUAGCAAUAUAGUUACAGAGCUAAUGACUUAAGGCAGCCAGGGAGUGUGGUGAACAGAGCAUGGGGCCUGGAGUUCAAAUCCAGCCUCAGACACUCACUAGCUGUGUGACCUUGGGCAAGUCACUUAAUCA